AUGCGACAUCGGUCGAGUGCAACGAUCUCUGAAUCAGAGCCGAUGUUAGAACUCGCUCCAGAGUCAACUUCACAGCAACCCUUUUACAGUUUCGAUCGUGUGUUCCUGAGACGGCUUGCUCGCAUUUUCCACAUUCUAUUCCCAUCGUCACCCCAUGAGCAGAUUUGGUCCUUAUCACCCAAGAUCCGUCAACGCAGUCUGUUUUGGCUUUAUAUCACCUUUAUUGCUUUGAGUUGUGGAUGUGAGAUCCUUUAUUACUAUACUGGUCUAUUACCAAGUCGAUUCUAUGCCGUGUUAUCAAGCAGUGAUUUGCAAGGCUUCAUCCGCUUCAUUCUCCCAUGCCUUUUACUCGUCUUUGGCACCGCUGCGGGGAAGAGCUUGUUGACAUUUAUGGGAGGAUUGUUCUCAUUGAAAACACGACAGCUAUUGACACAACACCUGCAUGAUCGUUACAUUCAACCCAACGUCUUGUAUUCGGUGGUCAUGUCCCGCUAUUCAGUCGAUAACCCGGAUCAGAGGAUUACUCAAGACGUCGACAAGUUUGCAGAGUCAUUACGGAAGAUUGUGGAGGAUUUGAUCAUUGCACCUAUCCUUGUGAUUUACUAUACGUGGAAAUGCUGGUCCAUCAGCGGAGCAAUGGGUCCCAUCAUGAUUUAUGGAUACUUUAUUGUGGGCUCUGUGCUAAGUCGUGUGCUCAUCAAGCCUAUUGUGAACACCGUGUUCUAUAAAGAGCUGGCUGAAGGCAACUUUAGAUUCAUGCACGUGCGAUUACGCCAGUUUUCAGAGCCCAUUGCGUUUUCCAGGGGUGAACGUGAGGAACAUAAGCAAGCAAACCAGAAGCUGGAUAAUUUAUUGGCCUAUCAACGCAAGAUCGUCAACAAAGAAUUGCCAUUGCAUUUGGCCAAUGAGAGUUUCUCCUACUUUGGUUCUAUCUUGAGUUACUUGAUCGUGGCGUUGCCUAUAUUUGCUGGUGCCUUUGCUGACAAAGAUCCAUCCGAGAUGAGCGAGAUCAUUUCAAAGAAUUCUUUUUUCUCCAUGUAUUUGAUUUUCAAGUUUACCAACAUUAUUGAACAAUCGAGCAAGCUUUCGGACCUGGCAGGUUAUACGGCACGUAUAGGCGAAUUGCUUGAAAUCAUUGAUGAUACGGAGGACGAGCUUGGUCAUGUCACAAUAGGACAUCCACAACAACAGCAACGCAUGAAUUCAAGCGACUGCAUUGAGUUUCAAGAUGUGGAACUUACAGCACCCAAUGGCAGAACACUGGUAUCCGAUUUUAAUCUCACCAUCAAUCCUAUGGAUCGUGUCGUUCUUGUUGGACCCAAUGGAAGUGGUAAAUCGUCCUUGCUUCGUGCCUUAGCUGGACUAUGGCAUUGCUCAGCUGGACGCAUUCUCAAGCCCCCUGGGAUGUCCUCAAAUGACAUAAUGUUUCUAUCACAAACACCCUAUCUUGUCCAUGGCUCCCUCCGUAAUCAAAUUUCUUAUCCCCCAUCUUCGGCAGAUACACCCGUUCCUGACAACCAAAUACGGGAGUUGCUUGAGCUUGUACAAUUGAGCCACUUGGAGCAUUUGGUCACUUCAUUCGAUACGCAUUACGGAGAAGAGUGGCAAAAGAUGCUUUCCCCUGGCGAGCAGCAACGUCUCAUCUUUGCAAGAGUCUUUUACCGGUUGCCACGAUUUGCAGCCCUUGACGAAGCGACCAGUGCCAUGGAUACCGAUUCUGAAGCUCACAUCUAUAAUACACUUAUCAGCAAAGGCAUCGCACUUAUCAGCAUCAGCCAUCAUCCCGACAUGAUUGGAUAUCAUAAUAAGAUUGUUAAGCUAGAUGGACAAGGGAAUGCGAUUGUAGAUAUUGUAGAGAAUUCUUCAAAAGAAUAG